AUGGACAGUGUGGAGAAGUCUAACAAGGUCCUACAACGAGUCCCGACCAUUGGCUGCGGUCAGGACAAUUAUGGACUUUUCAGAGGUAUAGCGGGACUUCUCGGUCUUGGCCGCGGCAAAUUCUCGUUUCCCUCGCAGACGGCGAUGACGUACGACAAUAUAUUCUCCUACUGCCUCCCUUCCUCCCCACAGUACACUGGCCAUCUCACUUUCGGAUCCGCUGGAUUAUCUAAUUCACUCAAAUACACUACCAUCUCCUCAGUCGUCCAUGAGAGUGCAUCCUUUUAUGGCCUUGAUAUCGUAGGUAUCUCCGUGGGUGACAAGGAACUGGAGAUACCUGUAACCGUGUUCUCUACUCCCGGUGCUAUAAUCGACUCUGGUACCGUGAUUACUCGUCUCCCUCCACAGGCCUACCCGGCACUUCGAACCGCGUUCAAGGAGAAGAUGUCGAAUUAUAAGACUGCGUCGGGACGGUCGCUGUUUGACACGUGCUACGAUUUCACUGGCUUGGAGUCUGUGGAAAUCCCUAAAGUCUCCUUCUCCUUCAAAGGCGGCACCGUCGUGGAACUUGACUUUACAGGGGUUUUGUACGUGUUUGAUGUGUCGCAGGUUUGUCUGGCGUUUGCAGGGAAUAGCAACGGUGAUGACAUUGCUAUUUUCGGGAACGUUCAGCAAAGGACAAUGCAAGUUGUGUACGAUGUUCCGGGCGGUCGGGUAGGGUUUGCUCCCAAUGGUUGUAUGUAGUUGAUGACAAACAAAAGUAAACUGUUGAGCUUGUAUUUUA